AUGGCAGUUUAUUUGGACGAUGGUGCCGUAGCUGAAUCAUUGCGACUCCACAAGGCACCUAUAUUAGAAAGAUUGACUAUAAAACUCGGUCCACAUUGUCCUGUUAAUGCUAACGUGGGAAAGUGGAUUGGAAAUGCGGUUGAUCGCAGGGUUUUUGUAGAUGUUUCUUCUCCGGUAUGCCUCCCACCUCUCAAACGUCUUCUCCUUGUCUUUGUGGUAUACAAAGAUGAUGAUUAUGUUGUUAGGCUCUUAUCGAGUUGUCCUAUUCUCGAAUAUUUGUAUGUGUUGCAACAUGAGCAAGACAAUGUGACAAAGUUUAGUGUAAAAGUUCCAUCUUUAGAGACUUUAAUAUAUUUUUAUCGGAAAGCAAAAGUACUUGACGAGGAAGAUAUUGGAAGAUCUUUGGCCAUAGAUUCUAAGAUUUUAAAGAAAUUCUUCAUCGCAGAUUAUUCUACAAACUCGUGCUCGAUUGAGAACAAACCUAGCUUUGAUAAAGCAGUUAUCUACGUUUAUAGUUACCCUGAUGACAAAUUUAUGAGAUCUCUUUCCUCAGUCAGAUAUCUCGAGAUACGUCUAAGCGUUGCAACGAAACCGAAUGAUAUUCCUCCAUGCUUGUCAACCAAACUCAAGAUCUUUGAGUGGAAAGAAUAUGGAGCGACAAGCGAAGAGAAACAAGUGUUAAGUUACAUUCUUGCCAACUCCAAAUGUUUAAAGAGAGCUGGAAUCUCUUUGAAAUCAACCUGGAAAUGGAAUAAAAAGAAGAUAAUGAAGGAGUUGAAAUCCAUGUAUAGGAUAUCAACAACAUCUCAGCUUCUCUUCUCCACUCAACUGGAGUUUAAGCCUUUGUGGACUCCAUUUAGAAACAACGUAACUAACCUCAAAAUUGGAGUUUGA